AUGGCUCCCAACCAGCGCAUCAUUCCCUCCGGCUCGCGCCCCCAGAAGAGCUUCUUCAGCACUGCCUACAAUGAGGCCACCAACCCCGAGAACAAGACAAUUGUCCGCAGUAUCAUUGUCUUCGGCCGGUAUUGCGUUCCUUUCCUCCAGCCUCGGAGAGUUCCUCCUUCCUCCGCAGUAUGUAAUACCACCAUGCCUUUGAUACCUCCCGUGACACGACUCGGAUCUCCCUUGGAGCAGUGGAAGCAUAUCGGCGUCGGUCAACGGAAAACACAUGAUGCAUAG